AUGAAGGUAAUUUGCUGGAUCCUGGCAGGUUUUUACCUGCUUUUCUGCUGCAAAGCAGAAGAGGGACUGAACUUCCCUACUUAUGAUGGGAAAGACCGAGUGAUUGACCUGAACGAGAAGAAUUACAAGCAGGCACUGAAGAAGUAUGACAUGCUCUGCCUGCUCUUCCAUGAGCCUGUGAGCUCUGACAAGGUCUCCCAGAAGCAGUUCCAGAUGACAGAGAUGGUCCUGGAGCUGGCAGCUCAGGUCCUGGAGCCCAGGAGCAUUGGCUUUGGGAUGGUAGACUCCAAGAAGGAUGCCAAGCUUGCCAGAAAGUUAGGCUUGCUUGAAGAGGGAAGUCUCUAUGUCUUUAAGGAUGAGCGGUUGGUUGAAUUUGAUGGGGAACUGUCUGCAGAUGUCUUGGUGGAAUUCCUCUUGGAUCUGCUAGAGGACCCCGUGGAGGUCAUAAACAGCAAGCUGGAGCUUCAGGCCUUUGACCAGAUCGACGACGAAAUCAAACUCAUCGGCUACUUCAAGGGAGAAGAUUCAGAACAUUUCAAGGCAUUUGAAGAAGCUGCUGAACAAUUCCAGCCCUACAUCAAGUUCUUUGCCACCUUUGACAAAGGGGUUGCCAAGAAGCUAGGCCUAAAAAUGAAUGAGGUGGACUUCUAUGAACCCUUUAUGGAUGAACCUGUUCACAUCCCUGAUAAGCCUUACUCAGAAGAGGAGCUGGUUGAUUUUGUGAGAGAGCACAGAAGGGCCACCUUGAGGAAGCUGCGCCCAGAGGACAUGUUUGAGACAUGGGAGGAUGACAUGGAGGGUAUCCACAUCGUAGCCUUUGCUGAAGAAGAUGAUCCAGAUGGUUUUGAGUUCCUGGAAAUCCUGAAGCAGGUUGCCAGGGACAACACCGAUAAUCCCGACCUGAGCAUUGUCUGGAUUGACCCUGAUGACUUUCCUUUGCUCAUCACUUACUGGGAGAAGACCUUCAAGAUCGACCUGUUCAGACCACAGAUCGGGGUGGUGAACGUCACGGACGCUGACAGCAUCUGGAUGGACAUCAGAGAUGAUGAUGACCUGCCCACAGCGGAGGAGCUGGAGGACUGGAUAGAGGACGUGCUCUCUGGGAAGAUAAAUACCGAAGAUGAUGAUGAUGAUGAAGAUGACGAUGAUGACGACGAUGAUGACAAUGAUGAUGAUGACGAUGACGAUGACGACGACGACGACGAUGAUGAUGAUGACGACUAA